CAGGCUUUAUGACCGGCAACGAUUUUCUAUCCUUUCUUUCUCAUGGCAGACCUUCUUCGAUAACGACUUCUUCCCUCGGCUCCUCAGCUAUGGCGUCCAAUUCUAUCAAGUUGUUGACUGGCAACAGUCAUCCCGAGCUAGCAAAGGCGGUUGCCCAACGGCUAGGUAUCGAGCUCACCAAGAUCAUGGUCUUGCAAUACUCGAACCAGGAGACUAGCGUGACGAUCGGUGAAUCAGUGCGAGAUGAAGACGUAUUCAUCCUUCAAUCGACGCGACCUAACGAUAUCAACGAUGGCUUGAUGGAGCUCCUCAUCAUUUGUAAUGCCUGCAAGACUGCUUCCGCGCGACGGGUCACUGCGAUCCUACCCAAUUUUCCUUAUGCUCGGCAAGACAAGAAAGACAAGUCGCGAGCCCCGAUUACCGCAAAGUUGAUGGCGAACAUGUUACAGACCGCGGGUUGCAACCACAUCAUCACAAUGGAUUUACAUGCGUCCCAAAUACAAGGCUUUUUCAAUGUCCCCGUGGACAAUCUCUACGCCGAGCCCAACUCUACCAAGUGGGUGAGGGAAAACCUCAUGCAUGCGACGGAAGACAAUGCCGAGAUCAAUGGCGCAAAGGAGGAUUGUGUUAUAGUCAGUCCUGAUGCUGGUGGUGCGAAGAGGGCAACUUCGAUCGCAGACAAGCUCGAUCUUCCCUUCGCUUUGAUACACAAGGAAAGAUCUCGCCCGAACGAGGUAAGUCGCAUGACGCUCGUGGGCAACGUCAGCGGCAAGAUCGCAAUCCUGGUCGAUGAUAUGGCCGAUACUUGUGGCACUCUUGCCAAAGCUGCAGACACUCUGAUCAAGCACGGUGCAAAGGAUGUGGUCGCCCUGGUUACUCACGGAAUCCUAUCUGGCAAAGCGGUCGAGAUUCUUCAAAACUCUAAAUUGUCAAGACUUGUGAUCACGAAUACCGUUCCCGUCCCCGAGGAAAAGGUCGAGGCACUCAAGGUUGAAGAUGGACAAAAAGGUUGCAGACUUGAGUUCAUCGACAUUGCUCCGGUUCUGGCCGAGGCGAUUCGACGUACUCAUAACGGCGAGAGCGUCAGCUAUCUAUUCAGCCAUCCUGUGUCGUAGCCUGGCGCCAUGGAGUUAUUUCCCCCAUCACCACAUACGCAUCGCUGGAUUGCAGUAUAUCAGACACGAUCAGGGAGGAGCGUCCGGGAUUUUUGUGGCCCAAAUAUCGACCUGGCUACGGCCUGCAUCACGACAAGGGCAUUCAACGGCGAGCACAGUCUGAUUAAUCAUGGAUGUCACGAUCUUGUCAUCUGAGUCAAAGCGCUUGCGAGAACAUGAGUCGCCGGUGAACAAACAGUAUAGCAGACUCGUUGAGGGUUGCUCACAUGCUCUGGUAUUGUUCAGUUGUGUUCGGGGCUACGAAACUGGGGGAUGGGAAUGCCUGUCUGCUGGACAAUUCGGUAUCGGACCGUACUCAAGGCCAAUCACGAACUCAACUCAGCCACCCGUACAUAGUGCGUGGAAUGGCUGGCCUGGCUAUGCCUUCAUGAAAGUGGAAGAAAGUUCAAGUAGUACCAUCUGCUUCACGAAGCCUUUCAGACCAGACACGGAUUUGGAUAUCCACGCAGUCUUAACUUUAUAGAGUAAGCGCGCUCUUGCGAGAUAUGCCCUCGCUUCGAAUACUAGGCAUAUCCGACGUACCCAGGAUGGCU